AUGGACUCAGCGGGACAUGACAAACGCGUACAACGCAGUCAAGUAUCAGGGAAUGUCGCUUCGUGGGCUGCGACAGCCUUUAAUGUUCCCGAAUCUACUCUUCGUGACAGAGUUCAUGGAAGAGUCAGUUUAGAAUGCUCUCGACCAGGACCCCCAACAUUUUUCACCUAUGAAGAGGAAAAGAAGAUGGUGGAUCAUAUCUUAUUCAUGAGUAAAAUCGGUUACCCAUAUACCCGAAAUCAAGUAGUCGAACUCGCUGGAGACAUGACUAAAGCGGUCGGGCGGAUCGCUCCAUUUAAAUACCUUAAUCCAAGUCAGGCCUGGUUUUAUGCUUUUCUUAAUCGAUGGCCAGACCUAAAGAAUUUCUUGUUCGGACCUCGAAGUAAUCGGAAAUCUAAGGGAGUUUCAGGUGAUUCUAUACAGUCUUAUUUUGAACAGCUCGAAAAGGUUCUAAAUAAAUAUGGUAUCAAAGACAAGGCCGAACAUUUUUGGAUUGUUGACGAAGUAAGCAUAAGCUGCGAGAACCAACCCCCACGUAUUCUUCCCAUCAGUAUACAACGAGCUCAAUCUGUUAGCUAUUGGAAUCCGACUGUUGCAAUGCUUGGAGCUGCUAACGGUGUUGGUGAAAAAAUCCCUCCUUUCCUUAUUUAUCGGGGUGAUGGGAUAACAUCAUCUAUGAUGGAAGGAUCCGUACGAGGGACUAAAUUUUCAUUUUCAGCUUCCGGUUGGGUUAAUUCUGAUGCUUUUAUUCAAUGGUUUCUUAAACAUUUUCGUGUAUUAGUAUCUGUUCGACCGCUUAUAUUAUUUUACGACGGUCAUUUACAAUUUGUUAGUGUACGUGUCUUAGAACGCGCUCGUGAAGACGGCGUUUUCCUGUUUCCACUCCCUCCUCAUCCAGCUUAUAAUCAUUGCGUAGAAAAUACAUGUUUCUGGGCAUUUCAGGGUUAUUUCAAAAAACGUUUGGAUCGCUUUUUUGAACAAAAUCCUAACCAACCACUUUUACCUUUACAACCGAAUAAUAUGAUUAGUUUGUUUGAAAGAUUGGGAAUUUGCCCAUUUAACAAUUUAUCCUCAUCAAUUGGCGCCUAUUUGAACAUGACAGAAGAUUAUGAACAAAAUAGUUUGGCUGUAGAAAAUGUGGAUCCAUAUUUAGUUAAUGAAAUGGCGAAUCCUUAUAACCAGUGGUCUAAACUAGGAUGUGCAUCAAACUACCUCAAUUAUGUUAAUCCAAAUGGAGAUUCAAAAGACCAUGCAAUCAAUUCCUCGAAUGAUUCGCAUCAUCCAGUUGCAGCUGUCACUAAACUAGCUACGUAUGUAACUGAUAAUACUGAAAAUCCCUUAACUUCCAAUUCCACCGUGGUGAAUUCCAAACCGACUGCAACUGUUCUUACUUCCCAUGAAAACACAUUUAAAACUCAGCAUACUGUUUUAACACAGUUUUCUUCUUCAGGGCGAUCAGUUACUAUACGUUUGCAUGGUCCUGCAGCAAAUGCUAUUCAACCUGUUUCUUUGCAUGAAGAAUUUUCAUUACAUCAGACCAAAGAUCCUCCGUCAUUUGACGUUUUAGCUAGUUCAGAUGUGGAUAUUUCGCAUGAAGAAGAAGUUGACUGUGAAGUUUCUAAUUCUCAAUUAAUACAAAGUGAAACAUCCGGUCACACUAGUCAGUAUUUCCAGGUAUCUGAAACAGAAAGUGGUCAUGGUCCCGUGAACGGUGGAGUUAUUGAAAGUAUUGAUGGAGUGGAAGAUGGUGAAGCACUCGACUUUUGUGUUGUUUGUGGUCAGUUAGAACCUCCAGAGUUAUCUUGUCAACCAAUUUCUGAUCAGGCUAAUGCUGAUGAUUUGCAGGUUAUUGAUUGGGCACAUUGUGAUUAUUGUAACCGUUGGGUGCAUCUUAAUGGCUGUUGUAGUGAGGGUGCUGUAAUAGGAAAUAAUUCAUUUAUGUGUGUUGUUUGUCGGAACGAUAGUACAACAACGGUGGGAAGUGUAAAAACUCUUCAACAAGAAAUAGUGCUGACCAAAACUGACAGUGGGGAGCAAGAACAAUCGAUGGAUGUUAAAGUUUAGAUGUACAAAAAUAUUGUUUUUAUUCUCUUUUUAUUGUCUUCCAUUGAGGUAAUUGUGUAUCAUGUACAUAGAGACUGAUACAAAAUAUUUUUGUAACGAACCAGGAAGUUUUUACAUUCCAAGUUGUAUUUUUGUUUAGUUUCA